AAGCAAUUGACUCUUUUAUUAAGGUUUCUACAUAGUAAUACUCAACUUUCUCAAAAUUUACAACUUCAAUAAUUCAACAAUAUAACAACAUCACAAUUCACACAACAUGGACGGAUUAACCACAGCCGAGACGCGCCAGUUGGAGCAGCGCAUGCAAAAGCAGCAGAUGAAGGUCUUCUUUGGCCUCUUCAGCAACCUUGUCGAUCACUGCUUCAUGUCCUGCAUUGACGACUUCACCUCUAAAUCACUAAACUCCCGCGAGUCUGGCUGCGUUACCCGCUGUGUCCAGAAACACAUGGCCAUGUCCCAACGCCUCAGUGAAAGAUUCCAGGAACACAAUGCCGCCAUGACUCAGCAGCAGCAAGGGGGUGGCCUCCGAUAGAUGCACUGCGUUUUUGCGCUCC